AAGUGAGCUCAGCCUUAGAACUGCCGGGGGGCACCCGCACACCGCCGGUCUCUCGGACCCUGCAGACUUUCCAGAGCUGUACAGAUUCGGGGUCACUUUUUCUCGGCGGUCUCACAGCGUUACUGCUGCGGUGACAGGACCUGAGGAAACCACUGGAGCUGUGUCAAGGAAGGCUUAGGCUGGACAUCAGGAAAAGGUUCUUCCACCAGAGCGUGGUCGGGCACUGGAACAGGCUCCCCAGGGCAGUGGUUGUGGCCCCGAGGUCGACAGAGCUCAAGGUACUGCCCUGUGAGGCACUCGGAAGGGUUCCGAGGCCAGGACAAGGUGCUGCUCCGCCGCGCCAGGCAGUACUGCUGUGACCGCACUGUACUGCUAGGAUGCGUUCUUGAGAUAAAGGAAGCGCGUGGUACUUGCUGCUUUGGAUUAUCUCUUUUCUAUAUCCUUGAUUUGCAGAAGGCAUCUCAAAAUGUUGUGUCGAGCUGCUCUGAGCCCUCUUGUCCGUCCCUCUGGAUGGUGCUUUGUGUUACCACCACAUGCCAUCGCAGCCAUUUCUCGUUUAUAUCUCCCUUGCCAUAACCAAAGAUUAAGGAAUGAAUCCAUCCGUUGUUGGAGCAACAUUCCAUUUAUCACCAUGCCGCUCAGCCGUGCACAUGGAAAAUCAUUUGCGCACCGCAGCGAGCUGAAGCAUGCAAAACGGAUUGUAGUAAAGCUGGGUAGUGCUGUUGUUACUCGAGGGGAUGAGUGUGGCUUGGCCCUUGGGAGGCUGGCUUCUAUUGUAGAGCAGGUCUCAAUGCUACAAAAUCAGGGCCGAGAGAUGAUGAUUGUCACCAGUGGGGCUGUAGCUUUUGGAAAGCAGCGGCUGCGUCAUGAGAUCUUGCUUUCUCAGAGUGUGAGGCAAGCACUUCAUUCAGGCCAGAGUCAGCUGAAAGAUAUGGCUAUUCCAGUCUUGGAGGCCCGAGCCUGUGCAGCAGCUGGGCAGAGUGGACUAAUGGCUCUGUAUGAGGCCAUGUUUACACAGUACAGCAUCUGUGCAGCUCAAAUUUUAGUCACCAAUCUGGAUUUUCAUGACGAACAGAAGCGUCGCAACUUAAAUGGAACAUUACAUGAGCUUUUAAGGAUGAAUAUUGUCCCUAUAAUUAACACUAACGAUGCAGUUGUUCCACCUCCAGAGCCAAACAGUGAUCUGCAGGGGGUAAAUGUAAUUAGUGUGAAGGAUAAUGACAGUCUGGCAGCACGACUGGCUGUGGAAAUGAAAACUGAUCUCCUGAUUGUUCUUUCAGAUGUAGAAGGACUCUUUGACAGCCCUCCAGGGUCUGAUGAUGCAAAGCUUAUUGACAUAUUCUACCCAGGAGACCAGCAGUCUGUAACAUUUGGAACCAAAUCCCGAGUGGGAAUGGGUGGCAUGGAAGCCAAGGUGAAAGCAGCUUUGUGGGCCCUGCAAGGAGGCACUUCAGUAGUGAUUGCAAAUGGAACCCACCCAAAGAUCUCAGGUCAUGUCAUCACAGAUAUUGUAGAAGGGAAAAAAGUUGGAACUUUUUUUUCAGAGGUAAAACCUGCAGGCCCUACUGUAGAACAGCAGGCUGAAAUGGCUCGAGCUGGUGGCAGGACCUUGGCGGCUCUGCAGCCUGAGCAGAGAGCAGAGAUUAUUUAUCGUCUUGCUGACCUACUAACAGACCAGAGAGAAGAAAUUCUCUUGGCAAACAAAAAGGACUUAGAGGAGGCUGAAAAUAAAGGGAGAUUAGCACUCCCUUUUUUAAAACGCCUAAGUCUGUCUACUUCAAAGCUGAACAGCUUGGCUAUUGGUCUGCGUCAGAUUGCAGCAUCCUCGCAGGACAGCGUUGGCCGUGUAAUUCGACGAACUCGAAUAGCUAAAGACUUGGAUUUGGAGCAAGUGACAGUGCCAAUUGGUGUCCUUCUCGUCAUCUUUGAAUCUCGUCCUGACUGUCUUCCCCAGGUGUCUGCUUUGGCCAUAGCCAGUGGAAAUGGCUUACUACUCAAAGGAGGAAAAGAGGCAGCACAUAGCAAUCAAAUCCUUCAUCAUCUGACACAAGAAGCACUCUCUAUUCACGGAGUCAGAGAUGCAGUGCAACUGGUGAAUACGAGAGAGGAAGUAGAAGAUCUCUGCCGUUUGGAUAAGCUGAUAGAUCUCAUCAUUCCACGUGGUUCGUCACAGCUAGUCAGGAAUAUCCAGAAAGCUGCUAAGGGAAUUCCAGUGAUGGGACACAGUGAAGGGAUCUGUCAUGUGUAUGUUGACACGGAUGCCAGUGUUGAGAAGGUCACACGAAUAAUUAGAGACUCAAAGUGUGAAUACCCUGCUGCCUGUAAUGCUCUGGAAACUCUCCUAAUUCAUCGAGACUUGCUGAGAACGCCAUUGUUUGAUCAGAUCAUAGACAUGUUGAGAGUAGAACAGGUGAAGAUUCAUGCUGGCCCAAAGUUUGCAUCUUACUUGACAUUCAGUCCUUCAGAAGUGAAAUCUCUGCGCACAGAAUAUGGGGACCUAGAGUGCUGCAUUGAGGUGGUGGACAGCGUUCAAGAAGCUGUUGAACAUAUCCACAAGUAUGGAAGUUCCCAUACGGAUGUUAUUAUCACAGAGAAUGAGAAAACAGCAGAGUUCUUCCUCCAGCAUGUGGACAGCGCUUGUGUUUUCUGGAAUGCCAGUACCCGAUUCUCUGAUGGCUAUAGGUUUGGACUUGGUGCUGAAGUGGGAAUUAGUACUUCGCGGAUCCAUGCACGUGGACCAGUGGGAAUUGAAGGACUCUUAACUACAAAGUGGUUGCUGAGGGGGGAUAAUCAUGUUGUUUCUGACUUUUCAGAGCAUGGGAGCAUGAAAUAUCUUCAUGAAAACCUCCCUCUCCCUCAGAGAAAUGCCAGCUAAAAACCCAGGGGAGAAAACCCAGGGGUAUAAUUAUUUCCUGAAGAGGUACAGGCUUCAGGAUAAUCUCUGGUGAUGGAGUUUGUUUUUCAGAAUCUUCAAUCUUCAGAAACGUUGUUCUUGGUCAUUUUGCAGUACAGUGAAUACAAAAUGAUCCCAUCAAUGAGAAUCCCCUCCCCCCCCCUUUUAGUUCCUUAGACAGUAUCUGCAAACUAACCUCACUUCUCCCAAGGAAAGAUUAUUUUCAAAUCAUACAGGUAACAUAAGGAAGGAUUUCAGUAUCAACUACAUUCCUUUUUUGAUCCCAGUGCUCCCUGUAGCAAAUAUGGUGGUGGAGCUUAAUUUUUUUUUUUCCCUAAGUUUUGUUUUAUUCAAGUAUCUAUUCUGGAGAACACACUCUGUAGUUUUGGUUUUGAGGGGGUUUUUUUUUCAGUCUUAGGAUCAUGGCAUCUCUUGAGAGCCAGAAAGCUUUAUGCCUAAUUUCUUUCUAUUUGAUCAGUCUUGAGAUAGGGGGACAGAUGUUCCAAAUGUAUAAUAAGCUUUUGACCAAAAAACCUUUUAUAUCUAAUUCUUUGUAUUGUUGACUAUUGUAGAUAAAUAAUUGUCUGCUACAUUAA